ACUCAAUUACUACACAUUAUAUAAAGCUUCACUUUCUUAUGUAACAGUUCUCAUUUAGCAAGCUUAAAAAUAUGACCAAACACGAAGAACUGAAAAACAAAAGUCGUCCAUGGAUUGAUCAGAUUCAAUCUUUCAAUGAACUAUAUCGUGAAGAAGAAAACAAAGUAGAAGUGAGCCCAGGAAUAAAACUGGGAUGGGUCAAAGGUGUGUUGAUCCCAUGUCUACUCAGCACUUGGAGCGUGUUGCUUUUCCUUAGUAUUCAGUGGGUUUUAGCAAAUGCUGGAAUAUUUCAUUCAAUCAUUAUUAUUUUUCUUUCACUGUUUAUUAUUCUAAUAACUAAUUUUUCACUAUCGGCGAUCAGCACAAAUGGAAAAUUAAAAGAAGGGGGUCUUUAUUUCAUUAUUUCCCGGACAAUUGGUCCGGAAUUCGGAGCGUCCAUUGGUAUCCUAUUAGCGUUUGCGAGUAUAGUUUCUGCAGCCAUGAACACAUACAUAUUUUGUUUAUAUUUAUGUUUAUGUCUACGAUUUUUCUUGGAUAUAGACAUAAUGGAAUCAAAUUUGAAAUUCGGUGCUUUAGGAGCAGCGUCUAUAAUAUUUAUGAGUAUACUUUGUUGUAUUGACAUGGAUAAACAAGCUAAAAUACAAAAUGCUCCUCUCGUGGCGAUAAUUGUUUCUAUUUUUAACGUAAUUGUUAGUGCAUAUACUGGCCCACAAAGUACCUUGGCCCGGGCAAGAGGCUUCAAUGGAUUUGACAUGAAAACUUUCAAACAAAACUGGUAUCCUGACUACAGGACUAAUUAUAGAAAUGUUCAGCAAUCCUUUUUUACAAUUUUCGGUGUUUUCUUUCCAUCUGUAACUGGAAUACACGCUGGAGUAAAAUAUUCAUCGAGAAAUCUUAAAGAUCCUAGUGCUUCAAUACCAAAAGGGACACUAUUAUCGAUCCUUAUUACUACAACUUCUUAUAUUGUAUUAAUAGUAGUUACUGGGUCGGUUCAUUUAAGAGAAGCUAGUGGCAUUGAAAAAGAAUUUGAAGAUGGAUCUUUUUUAAACUGUUCGUCAAGAAAUUGCUCCAGAGGAUUGUACAAUACCCCACAUCUUUUUUAUUCGAUUUCGUUAUGGCCGAAUACUGUAAUCGUCGGUUACUUAGCGGCUUCUGAUACUAAUGCUGUAUCAUCAUUAACGAUUGUUCCAAAAUUGUUACAAAGAAUGGGGCGAGAUGAUGUUUAUCCGCUUCUUAAGUAUUUAGCAAAAGGUUAUGGGAAAAAUGAAGAACCCUAUCGUGCACAUGUUUUAACCAUGAUUGUGUCCACAAUAGUAUAUUGUUAUAUAUAUUCAUAUUCAUAUAUGGAUUAUAUUUUUGGCAUUGCCUCAUUGAUAUCAACUCUUUAUUUAUCUGCAUACGCCAUGUUAAACUUGUGUACAUUUCAUGUUGCAUAUUUUAAGCCUUUGGGCUGGAGGCCAACGUACAAGUUUUAUAACAAAUGGUUAAGUCUUGCUGCAGCUAUUAUCUGUAUUUUAAUAAUGAUAAUUAAUGAUAAAAUAACGUCGACAAUUGUUGGUUGUGCUGUAUGUAUUUUAUACAUACUUGCUGGUAGAAAAAAUGAAGUGAUAAAUUGGGGAUCUUCUAUGCAAACACAACAAAUAAAAACAGUUGUAAGAAACGUGUACAAAGCCGAUACCAUUCAAUACCAUACCAAAAAUUAUUUACCUAAUUUGAUUGUGUUUACGGGAAAACCUGAGUCAAGAAAAAAAUUAGUUUCUUUAGCUCAUUUGAUAACAAAGAAUAAUGGUGUACAAAUGUGUGUCAAUGUUGAAAAGAUAUCGCUUACACCAAGACAAAAGAAAAUAUGCCUUGAUGAAGGAAAUCAGUGGCUAAGAAGUUCUGGAAUAAAAUCCCUUUAUGUUGUCAUUGAUAACAUAGAAUUGGACUUAGCAACGCAUAUGAUACAUAGCUGUGGACAUGGACAAUUAAGACCAAAUAUAGCAAUGGUUGGAUACAAGUCUGAUUGGUUAAAUUGUCCGUAUCAAGAUCUUCAAACUUAUUUAAAUAUUUUCAAUGUGGCAAAUAUGAAUAACAUGUCAACAAUCAUGGUCCGUGUGUCAUCAACUGAGAGUUAUGAUGAUCAGAAUUUAUUAACUCAAGAUGUUAAGCAUAAAAAUGAAGAAAUCCCGAGUAAAACCCAAGCAAAUCAAAAUAUUAUAAAUCAACAAAAGGUGGCUGAUUGCAUUAUAAAAAUAAAGAACGAGGAAUUUUCAUUCGAGCAGAAGAAACGAAAUCAUGGAACAGUAGACGUGUGGUGGUUGUACAACGAUGGAGGUUUAUCGUUAAUCAUUGCAUUUAUAUUAAAACAUAGUACUACGUGGAAAAAUUGUAAAUUUCGAAUUUAUGGAGUAACAAACAAAAUUGAAUGUUUGUCUGAGGAAAAACACAAAUUAAAACAAUUGUUAUCACUGUAUCGAAUUGAUUACGACUACUUGGAGAUCAUUUUAGCAAACACCACCGGUCCCACAACAAUGACAUAUUUCAACUAUUUUUUAGAACGCGCAGUUUCCAAAGAGAAUCAAUUUGAUGAUUACAAUUUACAAAAAGAACAUAUUGCUGAAACGUUAUUUUUGAGAGAUUUAAUUGAAUUGCAUUCAUUUAAUUCUGAUCUUAUCAUCUUAACGACUCCAAAAAAUAACGAGGAUAUCAAUAUAUUAUUCAUGAGUUGGAUAGAAACUAUUUCUAGAGGGUUACCACCUUGUAUUAUAAUCAUUGGGAGUACUCAGUCAGUUCUUACAGUCAAUGCUUAAAACAUAAUUAUAUAAUAUAUAUUACAAUACCUAUGCAUGUAUAGCAUUAUACUUUAUUUACCGAUUUAUAGUAUCACUCAUCACUCUUGAAUUUCUUUUCAAAUUAAUGUAGA